UAAAAACUCAGUGCUGUUUUCUGCAUUAGACGGAUGUUAAGCAUGCUGGGACAGGACUGAUUCAUGAUGGAUCCAGAGGAGGCAGAACUACAGAACGACUACCGUUAUCGCAGUUAUGCGGCUGUCAUCGAGAAGGCACUGCGCAACUUUGAGUCGUCCAGUGAGUGGGCCGACCUAAUCUCCUCUCUCGGGAAACUCAUUAAGGCCCUGCAGAGUAAUCUGAAGUACUCUCUGUUGCCGAGACGGCUGAUCAUUGGAAAGAGAUUGGCUCAAUGCCUGCACCCGGCUCUGCCCAGCGGCGUCCAUCUCAAAGCACUGGAGACCUAUGAAGUCAUCUUCAAAAUCAUUGGCACAAAAUGGCUGGCCAAGGAUCUUUUUAUUUACAGCUCGGGACUGUUCCCCCUGCUCGGCCAUGCAGCAAUGACAGUGAAGACGGCACUACUGACUAUAUACGAGCGCUACUUCUUGCCCCUUCAAAAAGCUCUACUACCAAGUUUGCAGGCCUUCGUCAUGGGUCUUCUGCCUGGCCUGGAGGAGGGCCUGGAGGUCUAUGACAGGACGGAUGCACUGCUAGUGAAAUUGUCCCUACUUGUGGGUCAGUCAGUGUUUUAUGGAGCUCUGUGGGGGUCAGUGCUUGUGUGUCCAAUGGUGCGGCUUCCUGCCUCUCUCUUUAUCGUCACACAUUUUGAUCGUAUGGCCACUGGUCGGGAGCAGAAAUACAUGCUGGGAAAUGACCCUAAACUAGCUGUGAAGGCGAUGUGUCUUUCUCUGCAGGACACUAAUGUACUGGUUCAGAGGAACAUGCUGGAGAUUCUUCUCUACUUUUUCCCUUUUGUGACAUGUCUGGAUCCUGGGAAGUGUUCUGUCCCUCUGAAACAUGAAGAGAUGAUCAGAGUCGUGGCUGCUGCUUCUCUCACUCUGCUCAGGAGAGAUAUGUCACUCAACCGCCGUCUCUACGCUUGGCUUCUAGGUCUUGACAUUAAGGGCAUGGUACCUCCAGACACAAGCCUGCACACUACAAUAGAAGAGCAUUCAGAAUAUUACUUCAACACACACUCCAGAGACCUUCUGGUACAGGCCCUGAUGAAUAUUCUGCAGCAGAAGGAUAUACAGAAGGACCCGGAGAACAUCAUGAACUAUUUAAGACCAUUCCGCCUCAUGAUCAGUUUACUGGACAAAUCAGAGAUUGGGCCACUGAUCAUAUCUGAUGUCUUGCUGGAGGUCAUCAGGGCAUUUUAUAGUUAUUGUAAAGAGCUGCUGGGAGAGGAGUCACUUAACUCCAGUCUGUCUGGAAACCAGCUUACAAGUAAAAUUAAAGAUAACAAAAAAUUUUCUGAGAUCAUCAAGACAGUCAAUAUGCUGGUGGGAGCCAUGAGCAGUGAAUACCUGUGGGACUACAUGACCCAGUGCUUUCAUACUUGUCUUAGCAUGUUAAGUAAUCCAGCAGCUACAGCUUCAUCUAAAACCUGGAGUCAUUCUCCAUCAGUGACAGAGCUUUCUACCCUCAUCAUCUUUCUUCUGGAUGUUAUUCCUCUGGAAAUUUACACUGAGAUUCAAACGCUGUACCUGCCCCAGAUGCUGGGUAGCAUGUUGCAGUCCUUGCAUGCUCACAUGGCUCCUCUCAACCUGGCUGAACUUACACAUGCUUUAAGGGCUUGUUUUAAAGUGCUCAGUAAGAUCCAGAUGCCCGUGAGCUAUAUGGAUAUGGAUGCAGAGUCACAGAAUUACAAUGUGGAGAAAAAACAGGCUGUGAUAACAGACAGUAAGGACGUUGAGACUGGGGACCAAUCCACCAAUAGCAAUGGUGAUAAAUUACAAGAAUUACAAGAAGAUGAAGUAACCACGAACGGCCAAGCUGACCAUGAGGCGGGUUCUGAGCCAUCAGCAUUUCCAUCCAUGCUUUCUGAGGAUAGUGGAUUGGGGCUCAGUGCCUCAACUUCUGAGCAACAGCUUCCUCCUGGUCACCAGUCAUCCAGUCCUGCUUUAAGUGUUUGUGUCAAGGCUGAGGAUGUGUGGAGGAAAGGAGGGAGUGUGGAAAAUAUGUCCAAAUGCAUACAAGCUAUACUGGAAGGUGUCAUUACUAGGCACCUGUUGUUGGUUGUUGAUCCAGUAAAGCAGAAGGAACAGGAAGAGGUGGCUCAGCAUGAGCAGCGCGGCUCUCGACGGGGUCGGUCACACCUCUCAUCCGGAUACAAAGGCAGCCAGGACCUGGUGCUGAUCAAAGACAGAUUGGCCUUGCUCUUCAGCCCUGCCAAGCAGCGAGCGCAGCGUCAAAAAGGCAGUGACAGUGAUGAGGGAAAAAGUGUUGGACCAGCGCUGCUACAAUGGACAGAGGGAUUCCAGGCCCGAGGGAAAGCAGAAAUCAGUGAGCACCGUCGAAACGCUUUUACUGCUGCUUGUCACCUGCUGCUGGAGAGCACCACGUUCCCUGUCUACUACACUGAGGAGGAAAACCAAGAACUAUACGACAGCAUAUUUAUUAACACCAAGGGCAAUGAGGAGGGAACCCUUCCUGAGUGGCUGAGGUCCUUAAUGACUCUUUGUUGCAUUUCUAAAGACUACCAGGUUCAACAUGUAGCAGUUUCCUCUCUUCUGGAGCUGAUAAACCACUCUCAGUCUUUAGCACUGGUCAUCCAGGACAAGAACCAGCGCUACAAGAGAUCAGAGACCAAUCCUCUGAGUGGACAGCUGCAAAUGGUCACACUGCCCCCCAUCUACCCAGCACUGCUUAAAACAAUGGAGCUACGCACAGAUUUUUAUCAGAGGGCAGCUCAGGUGCUGUGGACUCAGAUAGACACUGAGCGAAGAGAGCAACAUAUCUCCGGUGUGGAGCUCUUCUAUCGGCUGCAUUGCCUGGCACCAUCCACCGCCAUCUGUGAGGACAUCAUCUGCAUGGCUUUGCUCAGCAGAGACAAGGUUGUACGUUUGGAGGCUCUGCAUAGAUUUUCUGUUUUGUGGCACCUGAUGCGAGAAGUCCAGACGAACCGCAUCACUUCAUUAAACCGCUCCUUUGACAGGUCUUUGUUUGUGGUGUUGGACUGUUUAAACAGUCAGGAUGGCAGCAUUAGUACAGUUGGACAGAGCUGGCUGCUGCGAGCGCUCUCGCUCGGUGAUGUUGUUCGCAUCCUGGAACCUGUUCUGCUUUUACUGUUGGACACGAGGACUCAGAAAACAGCCAUUCAGCACGUCAAGCACAACCUCUCUGCUGGUAAUUGGAGUGUAUUGAGUUUUAGAGAGCGGACUGAUACAAAGAGCAGUGGAGACUGCAUGGCAGGAAUGAGCCAACCAGAAGACAGCCUGCUGGCUAACAUCGUUGUGAUAGACCGGGAGGCCAUGUGGCAUGACCUGCAGAAUAAUCCAACUAUGCAGGAUUCCCCAACUAUGUCCCGCAGCGAAAGUGAGGAAACUGAAGGAGAGGAUGAUGAGGGCCAAGAAGAAGAAGAGAGCGAGCACACCGAGUCAGCUGACACAAGCGGUGCCCAAAACUCUGAAGAAAACUCAAGCUCUGGAUCCACGCCUUACCUGCAGCGCUCUGUUGAUGAGCAGGGGGGUGUGGUCAAUGGUUUGAUAAGAGUGGACUCUGAGCGUACACAGGCCUCUGAUUCACUGUCAAGUGAUGAAGACGACGGGCAGCUUGAAGCCCUGGCCAAGUCCCGUCUCUUAAAGCAUCAACGUGAGAAACAAGAGGCGAUAGAUUCCCUGUUCAAGCAUGUUCUGCUUUACCGGCAACCAUACGACUGUGGCCGGAUUCUGUAUGCAUUUUCGGUGGUGGAGACACUGUUAAGGAGCAGUGCGGGUCCAUUAGUGGAAGCACUAGGUAACACAGCUCUGGACUGCAGCUCCACUGCCCACCUUAAUCUUAUCCAAAACCUACUGCAGAGGCACAGGCAAGCUCAAGAAGGUGGUAGCUUCUAUGGUCCCCUUCAGAACUCCACCCCUCCUAAAGCUGGCACACCAGAGCAACCUCCUUCCUCUCCACUUUCCUCACCUGUACCCCAUCCUGCCUUUCUCCUGGAGAUCCUGAUAUGUCUUUGUUUGCGCUUUCUGCGGUCUCACUUUCCAACCUAUGUUAAAGUGAAUGCCCGCCAGCUUCAGGAGAACAGGGAGGUACAAGUUAAGAGUGUGGAGGUCCUGACAGCGCUGGUGGCUCAGCUUGUGACAGUAGCUCAGCAGGCUCAAACAGGGGAUUCAGGCACCAAUGGAAACCAUAAAGUUAUACUAAACCUUCUUUUGGGCAGUAAGUUACAGCAGUACGUUCUUCUUAUGCUCUCGGCUUCCAUGUAUGUCUGCCAGCGUGCUGAGACACCUAACUACCAGCUAUCGACCAAAGAAGAACGGGGGGACUGUGAUGAAGAAAUCUCAGAAGAGAGUUUGGUCCAUUUUGGACGAGAUGGAAGCUGGGCUGAACAUCCCCUCCAGAUUGCCCUCCUGAAGCUGCUCAAGGUUCUCAUUGUGCUGGAGCAUAUUGUUUCUUCACCACAAUCCAAAACACAGUCCCAAGGGGACAAUCAACUCCAGCAGUCCCGGGAGGAUGCGCCUUCUUCAGCCCUAGCACGGGAGUGGCAGACCACCAUAAUGUUCCAGCAGUCCAUCAAGGCCGUUUGCUAUGUUGCCAGUCAACCUAUUACGUCACAGGGCAUGUUUGUGACAGCGGCAGCCAGGGCUCUGUGCCCACAGUAUGGCUAUACCAUGCACCCAGCCUGGGUGACACUGCUGUGUGAGAUUUUACCUUUUCUUGGCCGCUCAUUGGCCAUCAUUGUGGCCCCUGUCAUCACUCAGAUCUGCAGGAAUUUGGAAGAGCUGGUUAAGCAGCAUGAGCAUGAUGGAUUCAAGGCAACCCACAGCAGUAACUUGAAGAAGGAGAACAUUGCACCUGACUAUCCUCUCACUCUACUGGAGGGACUUACUACCAUCACUCACUACUGCCUUCUGGAACACAAAAAGUCUGCAGCUUGUGAUGGUACAGACAUACGCAAUGCUUGCAAUGCCAUUCUGGAGCAGUUUCCUCAUAUGGUCAGCACCAUGGCCAUGCUUUGGGCCAAAGUGAAGGGAACUGAUUCCUCCCACAGCAGCCGAUCCUCACCCACCUCUGUUUAUUUCAAAAGCACAAAGAUCCUGAAACAGAAGGUGCUGGGGUUCUUGACACCAUUGGCUCAGCAGUAUGGGGUACAGAUUAUGGCCUCUGUAGCUACCGUGUGGAAUAGUCGGCGAAGCCGAAAGAAACACUUAAAAAAUAAGAUCCUACCAGUUGCCAGUGAUUCACAGAUGACCAUUGUGGGCUUGGUGAAGUCACUGAACACACUUCGAACAGAUACCAUAUUGCAGCUUGUCAGGGAGGUAGUGAAAAAACCUCAUCAAAUCAAGGGGGACCAGCAAAGGCCAACCUUAGUUGAUGUACCUGUGCUACAGUUCUGCUAUGCCUACAUACAGAGUCUUCCUCCUCAGGCUCUUCAGGAGAACAUCAUAGUUCUUCUCUCUUUACUCAAAGAGUCUGUGCAGCUUAACCUUGCCCCACCCGGCUACUUUCUGCUUCUGGGCAUCCUCCAUGAUUUUGUAAACAGACUUCCCAACAUGGAAAACAAGAGGGAUUCUAAAGAGCUGCAGGAAGUGACUCAGCGUAUCUUGGAGUCAGUAGGUUCUGUGGCUGGUUCAUCACUGGAACAGACCAGCUGGCUCAGUCGUAACCUGGAGGUGAAAGCACAGCCUCAGAUCUGCCUGCAGGAGAGUGAAGAUGAUCAUGACGGCAAUGAACUAUAUGAAUCUGUUGGUCAAGGCAGUACCAUGGUGUCAUCCUCUGCUCCAUCCGUAUUCAGUGUGCAAGCUCUGACUCUGCUGGCUGAGGUUUUGGCACCUUUACUGGAUAUGGUGUAUCGCAGUGAUGAGAAGGAGAAAGCAGUGCCUCUCAUCUCCCGCCUCAUGUAUUAUGUAUUUCCCUACAUUAAAAACCACAGUGCCUAUAAUAUGCCCAGUUUUGAUGCCGGCGCUCAGCUGUUGAACAGUCUUAGUGGAUAUGCCUACACUAAACGCGCCUGGAAGAAGGAAGUGCUGGAGCUCUUUAUGGACCCUUUGUUUUUCACUAUGGAAACAUCCUGUGUCUGCCAUUGGAGAUCCAUUGUUGACCAUCUGCUCACUCAUGAGAAGACCAUGUUUAAGGACUUAAUGAGUAUGCAGAGCAGUUCUCUAAAGCUCUUCAACAGUGCUGAGCAAAAGGCCAUGUUACUGAAGCGCCAAGCCUUUGCCAUGUUUAGUGGAGAAACUGACCAGUACCACCUUUACCUGCCUCUAAUACAAGAGCGUCUGACUGAGAACCUGCGGAUGGGCCAGACCCCAGCUGUGUCAGCUCAGAUGUUCCUGAUGUUUCGUGUUCUGUUGUUGAGGAUUUCCCCACAGCACAUGACCUCUCUAUGGCCCAUUAUGGUCACUGAGCUGAUUCGCAUAUUUGCCAGGCUUGAGAAGAAGCUGAUAGUGGACAAAGAGGUUUCAAAAAAUAAACGUCAAGAGAAGAAUGGCCUGGUGUCCUUUCCACAGGCAGAGUUGGACAUGUAUCUGUCAGCCUGCAAGUUUUUGGACACCGCAGUCUCGUUCCCCCCUGAACAAAUGCCUCUCUUUCAAAUGUAUCGGUGGGCAUUUGUACCUGAAGUGGAUGUUGACACUUAUGAUGGACCAGGUACCACUGUGUUAGAGGAGGAAGAGGAGUUUAAACCUCACCUGGUUAAAGUACUGGAAGGCCUUCGGCUUCGAUUCGGGGAGCAAAAUGGAACUGUAGGUGGAUCUAAGUCGUUGGAGUUCCCGCUCCUCACUCUGCACUCGCUCUCCUCCAUUACACAGCUUGUACCAUUCCUCCAAACCCUCUGUUGCUCAUUUAGCAGCUCAACACACUCUGCUUACCCCCAUGCUGAAUACCCUCCAUCUAGCAUCGACAGUGUGCUUCAACGCUUAGAGCUCAUUACCCAGGAGGACUUUCUGGAUGGCAUGGACCCAUAGAGCAGCACAAGAAGUCUCAGACUUUUCCCUGAGAAGCUCAGUGCACAUUUUUCGCUGUUUCUCUGUUUUAACUAAAUGGUGAACAUGUAAGACAUUGUAUUAUUGUAUGUGUCACAUGCCGUAUUGUGGUAUCCAUUAAAAUGUUUAUUUAUUUUCAUAUUAUUUGAAAGUACAGUUUACCCAAAGGGAUUUAGGUUGAAGGUACUAGAUAACUGCUUUUAUGUAAAUAUUGUUGAAUUUCUUUAAUAAAAAUUAAAGUAUGUGGGUUAAUCAUUAUGACCAAUAUUUUUACAAGGUUUUUUUCCUUUUUAUUAAGCAAGAAUUUUGGGUCUGGGCUAUUAUAGUUAGCACAAACUAAAUGCAACUUUACAAAAACAUAAUUAAUAAUGUAUGUGUUAUUAUACUGAAUGAAAAAUAUUUAUAAAUCAAAUAAUAUAAAACAUGAAAUCAUUUGUUUUUUGUUUGUAGACUUCUUGCACGUCUGUCAUUGCUGUUAUCUUUAUGCAUGUACUGUCUGUUACCUAAAACCUAAAAUAGACAGUCAUUAAAAAGGUUAUCCACCCAA